UCCCAUGCUUUCUACUCUUUUAACUUAAGCCCAAAACUCAACUCUCCCUCUCUCCUUUUCAAACAAAUAACUCUUACCUCUCGGAGGAAUUUCUCCAUUUUUGAUCAUUCUCAAAGGAUUAUUGAUAUGAUAGGUUGCACAUAAAUCUUUUAGUGGGUUCAAUUGUUUCCUAAGCUUCUCAGUCACCCUUUUGUUUGGUGUUUUGGUUACAUAGAAGAUGGGGGAAAUGUAAAAAUUUAGAAUUUAGUGUUUUUUCUGGUUGAUUUGUGUCUAUCAGUAUAGAAGAAACUUGGUUUGACUGACUGCAACUAGUUGAAUCAGGGUCAGUGAAGUUGGGUUUCUGUUAUAUUGAAUAUUCCAGUAGUUAAAAGUAUUGGAACUUUAAGUUGUUAUCCGGUGUUUUUCCUGCACCCAAACAGUGUAUUAAGGGGUUUGGACUGUAGAGUUGAUGGAAAAUUCAGGUUUGGGAGGUGGGUUUUUAUCAGGUCCAAAUGGGGGGUUGUUUGACCUUGAGUCAUCCAUUAAUAGACAGCAAAAGCCCCAGUUGGGUCAACCUUCAUUGAUACCACACCAUAAUAUGGUCUUGAUGAGUGAAAAUGACCACCGUUCCACUGGAGUAAUGGAGGCAAAGGGCUGUAACCCUAAGGGCUUUCCUAUGAACUUUGGUAAAGGGAAGGGGGUUAGUCCCAUUAGUGCUAUGAAUAAUGGAAGCAUGAGUGAAGAAGAUGAGCCAAGUUAUAUUGAAGAUGGAAAUGGUGAGAACUCCAUUGGGGGUAAAGGCAAGAAAGGAUCACCAUGGCAGAGAAUGAAAUGGACUGAUAAUGUGGUUAGACUUCUAAUAGGAGUGGUUGCUUGUGUGGGUGAUGAUGGUAUGAUUGAGGGUGUGGAGGGGCCUAAGAGAAAAUCUGGGAUUUUGCAAAAGAAGGGCAAGUGGAAAACAGUUUCAAAGAUAAUGAUUAGUAAAGGCUGUCAUGUUUCACCUCAACAAUGUGAGGAUAAAUUUAAUGACUUGAACAAGAGAUAUAAGAAAUUGAAUGAUAUUCUUGGGAGAGGAACUAGUUGUAGGGUGGUUGAGAACCCUUCUCUUAUGGACUCUAUGCCUCACCUCUCAGCUAAGGCAAAGGAUGAUGUAAAGAAAAUUUUGAGCUCUAAACAUUUAUUUUACCCUGAAAUGUGUGCUUACCAUAAUGGACAGAGAAUACCCAAUUGCCAGGAUCUUGAUCUUCAGGGCUGUUUUGUACCUCUUGACAGAUGCUUGAAAGACAAUAAUGGGUCGGAUGAGGAAGAAGCUGAGGGAAAUGAUGAUAGUGAGGAUGAUGAUGAAAUGGACAAUGAAGAUGAUAAUAAUGCUGAUGGGGAUGAUGAAAGGAUUGGUGAGCUCAAUAAGAGGAAGAAGGCAAGUGCUGAGGAAGGCCACUUCUGGUCACAAUCUGCCGAACAGGAUAGUCUCAAGGUGGAGAUGGCUGGAAUAUUUCACGAUCCAACAAGGUCAUCAUUGGAGCGGAAGGAGUGGAUUAAGAGACAGAUUUUGCAACUUCAGGAGGAAAGAGUAAACUUGCAGGUGGAAGGUUUUGAGCUUGAAAAACAACGUUUUAAAUGGCUGAGAUACUGCAACAAGAAAGGCAGAGAACUAGAGAGGCUAAGGUUGGAGAAUGAAAGAAUGAGGCUUGAGAAUGAGCGGAGUUUAUUGCAACUGAGGCAGAAAGAAUUGGAGGUAGGUUUCAGGAGCUCUGAUGCAUCUUUAGACCCCACUUCACUUGGCAUUGACAGACUGCAAAGCAGAGAUCAGAUUGAUUUGGGCAGGCAUCAAUAGCUUAUGCAAAGAGUUGUCAGUUUACUGCUGAUUCUUGUGUCAUUUAAAUCCAUUUGGCAAUAAGACUUAUAUAGCUUAAAGCAUACUAGGUAGGGUUAUUCUUUUUGCCAUGUAAAUAAAUAGAAGCACACCAAAUUUGAGAGAUAAGAUAGCUUGGGAUCAAAUUAUUAGCAAAUGUAUUUUUUCCACUUCCCUUCUUCCUAACAAACUUGACAAUUUUCCCUCC